AUGGCGCCGCUGCUAGGCAGUUGGGAUGGAGAAGCUCCCAAAUCACCACAUCAGUCAGGCAGCGACUCCGUCUCUCUGAAAAGCAUUCUCUACGUCGAUGCGUACGACUCGUUUUCCUACAAUGUGGUCGCGAUGCUCGAGGAGACGCUCGGCGUCAAGGUCACCGUGAUGACAAUUGACUCAGACUGGCCUGACGGCAACAUGCACGAGUUUCUCCGACACUAUGAGGCGAUCGUUCUCGGACCCGGCCCUGGAAAUCCUAAUUUGUCCAAGGAUGUCGGUAUCAUGCGGGAUAUCUGGAAUCUCCGGGAUGCCGAACUCUUGCCGGUUUUCGGCAUCUGUCUGGGUUUCCAGAGUUUGUGUCUACACUAUGGUGUUCCGAUUGAGCGUCUGCCCUACCCACUCCAUGGCCAGGUCCGCCACAUAUCGACGGCGUCGAAGGAUAUAUUCGACGGCCUCUCCGAUGUGGAGGUUACGUUGUAUCACUCGCUCUACGCUGAUUUGGAUGCCUUGAGCAGAUCGCGGGGUCUGCCGUCAGACGAUCUCGAAUUCUUGGCGUGGCUAUCUCUCGAGAAAGGGCCGGGCCCAUGCACUCAAAUCCCAAUGGCAGUUUCUCAUCGCCAAAAGCCAUUCUGGGGUGUUCAAUUCCAUCCGGAGUCAUGCAAAUCAGAAAGGGAUGCGUGCAAAAAGUUGCUUCUCAACUGGUGGCGGAAGGCUCUUACGUUCAACAAGACCGUUGGGCGUGGGGGGUACGCGGUACUUGCUGAAACGAUCAUCACCCCACACGAAGACACGAAAUGUUUCCCUAACGUCGCAUAUGAAAUGUUAAAAUGGAGCUCAUCAACCUCAACGCGUUCGGCAUACCGGGCUCUCAAUGGGGGCAAUUGGACUGCCGAAUCUAUCAGCGAAGUUUUCAACCGGCCAGGAGCACCGACUGUGCUUUUUCAGUCAAACGGACGAUACAACAUCAUCUCGGUGCCCAGUCCUGGCUCCUGGAGACUCGAGUUCGAAGUUGAGCUUCAGAAACUAGUUCUACACCAAGUCGGCGGUGGUCGCCAAACAGUUGAGGAUUCUCUCACGGUUGCUCAAGUUUGGGAUGCUCUCCGUUACUUGAUGGAAAUGAAGAAGGUCAACUGGGGAUGUACUCAGGUUCCGUUCUGGGGUGGCUUCUUAGGAUACUUCUCCUACGAGCUGGGUCUGGCUUGCCUCUCCCAUCCUAAAGGAUCUGCGCAAUCACCUGCAUCUGGUGAAAGCUGGGCAAGUACCUCGCCAGCCGACCUCGCUGAACAGAAUCCGUCCGAUAUCAGUUUGCUGUGGUGUGAAAGGAGCAUCAUUGUCGACAAUACCACCGGCGGGAUCGUUGUGCAGUCCACCUGUGAGUCCGAUGACCUACCAUAUGGUUGGCUCGACGAGACAUUACAGCUUCUAGAGAAGCGCUCUGGAGUUGUUGAGAGUAGUGAAAAUGCCGAUACGGAAUUUUUGGAUUCCAUUCUUCGGGAUGGCCACAUUACUUUCCCCGAAGAAGCAACCUACAAACGACAAAUCGAGGCUUGCAAAGCUGAAUUGGAAGCCGGUGAAUCUUACGAACUGUGUCUUACCUCCGAGACAUCAAUCAACCUGCCCACCCCAACGACGGAAGCCGAUAGAGCCGUGUUUCCUUGGAAGCUAUACAAAAAGCUGAGGAAAUAUAAUCCAGCUGCAUUUAGCGCAUUUGCAGACCUCGGUCAUGCGAAGGUGGUCAGCAGUAGCCCUGAAUGUUUCCUCAACUGGGAUCGUGAGUCCAUGCUGGAAAUGAAGCCGAUGAAAGGCACAGUCCGGAAAUCACCCGAGAUGACCAUGGAGAAAGCCCGUGAAAUCCUGGGUACUACAAAAGAGAUGGCAGAAAACUUGAUGAUUGCCGACCUGAUCCGUCACGAUCUGUACGGUAUUUGUGGAUCUGGUGGAGUCCUCGUCGAAAAGCUGCUUGAAGUCGAGGAUCAUGGCCGGGUCUACCAGAUGGUUACGCACGUCAAGGGCGAAGUUCGUCCUCAACAACAAGGCUACGCCGUUCGACAUAUGCCCCAGCUGAAGUCCUCGAACAUGGCGGUCCAUGGCCUGACGGCUCUUCAGCGCUGCCUGCCCCCAGGUUCCAUGACAGGUGCACCUAAAGAGCGCUCGUGUGUACAUCUCCGGAACAUAGAGGCACGCAAGCGUAGUAUCUACUCCGGCGUGAUGGGCUAUCUCGACCUCGGGGGAGCCGGAAGUUUCUCAGUGCUGAUUCGAACCGCUUUUACCCGCUCUUCUGAUGCGAAUGCGAACAAAGACAACCGACAAACAUGGAGAAUUGGCGCUGGUGGUGCAGUCACUACUCUCAGUACGGCUGAGGGCGAAUGGCAAGAAAUGUUGACCAAGCUGCGCACCGUCUGCAAUGUUUUCACUCCGUCCGAAACCGCCGCCUGA